UAUUAUAAGAUCCUAAAACACACAUACAAACACACAGAGAGAGAACAAAGCAAGGAGCCAAAAGCAAAUUUCCAUGGCUUCCUCUUCUUCUCUCAAACCCAUUUUCUCUUCUCCCCUCACCUCCUCUCCUUCUCCACACUCACCUCAAAAACCAUCUUCCCUUCUUUCCUUCCCCCACAGCACAACCUCCACACCCAUCUCCUUAAAACUCUCACCAAACCCACCUCAUAAUAAUUCUCAUCCUCGUUCCAAAUCCUUUGCUGUCACCAACGUUGUUCUCAAAACAGACACGUCUCCCGAAACAACCUCGGCCCUCUCGAACUACUCCCAAGAUCUUGGUCCCCCUUUGACAAAACCAACAAUAUUGGUCUCCGAAAAACUUGGAGAAAAGGGUCUCGAAGUUUUACGUGAGUUUGGCCACGUUGAAUGUUUGUAUGACCUCUCUCCUGAUCAGCUCUGCUCCAAGAUCUCUUCAUGUGACGCGUUGAUCGUGAGGAGUGGUACGAAGGUGACUAGACAGGUUUUCGAGGCGUCGAAUGGGCGGUUGAAGGUGGUGGGACGUGCAGGUGUUGGUAUUGACAAUGUGGACCUGCAGGCCGCCACGGAGUUCGGCUGUCUUGUGGUUAAUGCCCCCACUGCCAACACCGUGGCUGCGGCUGAGCAUGGGAUCGCUUUGCUCGCCGCUAUGGCACGGAAUGUUGCACAAGCUGAUGCGUCCAUCAAAACUGGAAAAUGGCAAAGAAACAAGUAUGUUGGGGUGUCCCUAGUUGGAAAGACAUUAGCUGUAAUGGGAUUUGGGAAAGUUGGAUCUGAAGUUGCAAGGCGUGCUAAAGGGUUGGGUAUGAAUGUUAUUGCACAUGAUCCAUAUGCCCCAGCUGACAGAGCACGCGCUCUAGGUGUGGAGUUGGUGUCUUUUGAUCAGGCCAUUGGCACCGCAGAUUUCAUUUCUCUCCAUAUGCCUCUCACUCCUGCUACUUCAAAGGUAUUCAAUGAUGAAACAUUUGCGAAGAUGAAGAAGGGUGUUCGCAUCGUUAAUGUUGCUAGAGGUGGAGUUAUUGAUGAAGAUGCAUUAGUGAAGGCCCUUGAUAGUGGCAUUGUUGCUCAGGCUGCACUUGAUGUAUUCACAAAGGAGCCCCCACCCAAGGAUAGCAGGUUAGUGCAGCAUGAGAAUGUCACUGUCACACCUCACCUAGGAGCUAGCACGAAGGAAGCACAGGCAUGUGUAGCUAUUGAAAUAGCAGAGGCUGUAGUGGGAGCAUUGAAAGGGGAACUUUCUGCUACUGCUGUAAAUGCUCCCAUGGUCCCUCCUGAGGUUCUGUCAGAGUUGUCACCUUAUGUAGCGCUAGCUGAGAAGCUCGGUAGGCUAGCUGUACAGUUAGUGGCUGGAGGGAGUGGAAUCAAAUCUGUAAAGGUGGUCUAUAAAUCUGCUCGUGAUCCUGAUGACCUGGACACAAGACUUCUCCGGGCUAUGAUCACAAAAGGCAUAAUUGAACCAAUAUCAUCCUCCUUUGUUAACUUGGUCAAUGCAGAUUUUACUGCCAAAGAGAAAGGCCUCCGCAUAAGUGAGGAAAGGAUAGUUGUUGACUCAUCUCCCGAAUUCCCUAUUGAUUCAAUUCAGGUGCAAAUAUCCAAUGUGGAGUCUAAAUUUGCAAGUGGUAUUUCAGAUAAUGGAGAUAUAAGCAUUGAGGGGAAAGUGAAAUAUGGAACACCCCACUUGACAAGUGUAGGAUCCUUUGCUGUGGAUGUCAGCCUGGAAGGAAACCUCAUUUUAUGCAGGCAGGUGGAUCAACCCGGCAUGAUUGGCCAGGUUGGAAACAUACUAGGUGAGCGUAAUGUGAAUGUGAGCUUUAUGAGUGUGGGAAGGACAGUCCGGAGGAAAAAGGCUAUUAUGGCAAUUGGUGUGGAUGAAAAACCAGAUAAAGAGGCCCUCAAAAAAAUAGGGGAGAUUCCUGCUAUUGAAGAGUUCGUGUUCCUCAAACUAUAAAUGAUAUUAGUAAUGAUGCUUAGAUAGAGAAGAGAUUCUCUUGUUAGAAUGAUGUCUUCUUCAGGGACUCCCAAAGAGGUUUUACAUUGGUGAGAUGAGAAUAAAAGCUGGCUGCUUAACAAAUAAAGCAUUCAGCAUUGGCCAUCCAAGAUUGUGAAUUUGGGUUUAGUCUUAGAUUGUAUAAUAUUAUGUCACCCAGCAAGACUAGAAGGCAAGGGUGUUUGUUAUUACUUGUAGCGAUAUGGGGACGUUUCUCUGUUGUUGUUUUUGUACUCCUCAUUCUUGCUGGGGAGUUGUAGGAAUGAUUUUGCUGGGGGUGUGUAAUUCUAGUUUUGUUCAGCAACUGGACGAGAUUCCUUGUUGUGGAUGGAGAGGUUCCCAUCUGUAAUUCUCCUUAUGUUUUUAUUCUAGUAACCGUGCUUUACAAUGCUUAUGAACAAAAUUAUAGCUGCA